AUGGAGAUCAACUGUUACGGAUUUCUGCUGUUCUGCGCGUAUUUUUUGAUUGCCGAAAGUAUACAUUUUCAUCUCGGCUCGAAUCAAAAGAAGUGCCUUCGGGAGGAGAUUCAGAAAAAUGUUUUGGUUACCGGGGAAUAUGAAGUUCAAGACAAUGGACAAAGAGCAGAUCUCACUGUGACCGAUUCAAGGGGACAUAUUCUCUACUCCAAGGAGAAUGCAAAGAAAGGACGAUUUGCAUUCACCACAGAGGAGUAUGACCAGUUUGAAGUUUGCUUUAAAACAGAAACUACAGGUGGUGUUGCUCAAGAGAGGGAAGUAUUUUUGAGCUUGAAGCACGGUAUUGAAGCCAAGAAUUAUGAUGACAUUGCAAAAGCAGAGAAGUUGAAGCCACUGGAAGUUGAGUUGAGAAGAUUAGAAGAUUUAUCCAAAUCCAUUGUGGAUGAUUUCGCAUACAUGAGGAAACGUGAGGAGCAAAUGAGAGAUACUAAUGAAUCGACUCAUUCUCGUGUGAUGUACUUCAGUGUGUUCUCCAUGCUGUGCCUUUUGGGACUAGCCACCUGGCAGGUCCUGUACCUGAGGCGAUAUUUCAAGGCCAAGAAACUCAUUGAGUAG